CACCAUCGAUUGAAGCAGAAUUACUCCCAGUCUUGCUCCAAAUCCUUGCUAACUCCGAAAGCCAAACAUGGCUUUUAGUAGCCUCAACUUCUUCCGAGCACUGCUCUUAUUGUUCCUAGCGACGUCGGCUUUCUCGACGCGCCCUUACAAGGAAGGCCUCACGCCGCACUUCUACGACUACGCUUGUCCUCAAGCUUUGCCUGCCGUCCAACGCAUCGUGGAGGCAGCAGUGCAGCAGGAGCGACGCAUGGGCGCUUCCUUACUGCGUUUGCACUUCCACGAUUGUUUUGUUAAUGGUUGCGAUGCUUCAAUACUUUUGGAUCCAUCCCCUACCAUUGACAGCGAAAAGCUCGCGUUUCCAAAUAACAAUUCAGCUAGAGGAUUUGAAGUGAUCGACCAAAUUAAAGCAGAGGUGGACAAAGCUUGUGGAUACUCACUCGUAUCUUGCGCAGACAUCUUGGCCAUCGCAGCUCGUGACUCUGUUGUUGCGCUUGGAGGACCUUCAUGGGAAGUACAACUUGGAAGGAGGGACUCGACCAGGGCGAGUAGGACAACGGCCAACACCGACAUUCCCGCGCCAAACAUGGACUUGCCUUCACUGAUCAGCACGUUCCAAAAGCAGGGUCUCGACACACGGGACUUGGUCGCACUGAGCGGUGCACACACAAUUGGGUUCGCGCAAUGUCGCGUUUUCAGGAACCGCACAUACAACGAUGCCAACAUCGCCGCCGAUUUCGCUGGGAGCCUCCGGUCCUUGUGCCCGCGUACUGGAGAGGAUAGCAACCUCGCUGGUUUGGAUCCUUCGCCGGCUCAAUUCGACGCAUUGUACUUCCACAAUCUGUUGGCGCAAAAGGGGCUUCUUCACUCUGAUCAGGCGCUUUACAGUGGUGGGUCAACGGAUGAGCUUGUGAAAACUUACAGCGAUGAUGCGGAGGCCUUUUGGGAUGAUUUUGCGAAGUCGAUGAUCAAGAUGGGAAACAUAAAGCCGUUGAUUGGAAACCAGGGCCAGAUUCGCUUGAAUUGCCGGAAGGUGAACUGAAGUGGCUGUUCGUUCGACUCGUACAGUCCUAAUUGUUUUUUUAGGGUAUUGGUUUGCUCUGGUUCUUCGAUUCUUUCCGAUGUGUUGUUUAUUAAUUGAGUUGAGAAACAUUCUUAAUUUUCUUUGACCAAGUACUGAAGCUUUAAGCUCAAUGGUUGUAAGCAUGCCUAAAAUAUUAAUAACACAUUCUUGAUUUUCAA